UGUUGAAUAAACAGUGAGUUGUGCUGUUGAUUGUACAGACACCAAAGACAACACUGUCUCUGUUCAAUGGAGCAAUGGGAGAUAUUUCAGACUGAACCAAUCAAACAUGUUUUCACUGCAAAUAUUUCACUUCAUACAGUCAAAGAAAAUGUGCUGAGUGCUGCUGCUGCUGUCUGUACAGCUGAUGAUGUGCUUUGUUGUCCUCUCAGUCCCUAAGGUGGAGGUGGAUUCAGAGGUGGAGUCUGUCCAGCUGCCCUUCAGAACCACAGAUCACCUGGAUGGAAACAUCAGAGUGGAGUGGAUGGACAGAAACAACAGGAAGGUCCAUGUGUAUGAGAACGGCUCUGACCGACCUGAAGAACAGGACCAGGUUUACAGAGACCGAACAGAGAUGAAGAAAGACCUGCUGAGAACUGGAGACCUCAGUCUGACCCUGAAACACCCCACAGACUGGGACACAGAGACCUACACCUGCACCGUCUACAGCAGGGAGGGAAACAUCCUGAUGGAGAAACAAGUAAAGCUACAGGUCAAAGUCCAACAGGUGGAGGUGAAGGGGGGGGUGGAGUCUGUCCAGCUGCCCUUCAGAACCACAGGUGACCUGGAUGGAAACAUCAGAGUGGAGUGGAGGGACAGAGACAACAGGAAGGUCCAUGUGUAUAAGAACGGCUCUGACCGACCUGAAGAACAGAAUCAGGUUUACAGAGACCAAACAGAGAUGAAGAAAGACCUGCUGAGAACUGGAGACCUCAGUCUGACCCUGAAACACCCCACAGACUGGGACACAGGAAGAUACAUCUGCACCGUCUACAAGGAUGGACAGAUAAUGAGAAGGACAUCAGUGCUGCUCAAAGUCAAAGUCCAACAGGUGGAGGUGGAUUCAGGGGUGGAGUCUGUCCAGCUGCCCUUCAGAACCACAGUUCACCUGGAUGGAAACAUCAGAGUGGAGUGGAUGGACAGAGACAACAGGAAGGUCCAUGUGUAUGAGAACGGCUCUGACCGACCUGAAGAACAGGACCAGGUUUACAGAGACCGAACAGAGAUGAAGAAAGACCUGCUGAAACCUGGAGACCUCAGUCUGACCCUGAAACACCCCAAAGUCACAGACACAGGAAGCUACAUCUGCAUCGUCUGCAAGGAUGGACAGAUAAUGAGAAGGACAUCAGUGCAGCUCGAAGUCAAAGGGAGAACUCAGGUCAAAGAUGAAACAGUCGACAUCAGCUGCACUGAUCCUCUGAUGGCUGAUUCAUCAGUUUGAUCUGUCUGUUGAUCAGUCUUUGAUUAUUGAUCAGAUCUGACUUUGGAUCAUGAAGUGAAGGAGCUGAUGGACGAUGGAUGAAGACAGGAGGACGCUUCGUCCUCUUACUGCCUGUGUUAGUUCUGCCUGAUGUGUGACUGAUCCAUGUUGGUGUUGCUUCUGUCUCGUCAGUGUUAAAACCAUCAGGUUUCAUAGAUCAUCUUGUGAAAUGGUUCAUUGGUCAUGGUGGAGGAUGAAGUCCUGACUGAGCUCACUGUUACCACAUCUUUAAAUCUGACAUGGUUCUUCAGAGAUGAAUCUGUUUCCCUGAGCUUUUUAUUCCAUGGAGCUUGUUCACAGUCACUUCCUCCCUGUUGUUCUGUCCUCGUGUCUCAUGUUCUGUCUUCAGCCACUCGCUGUGAAGAACUGCCUCAGUUUAUUUACUUCUUUCAUUAUUACUGUCUUUGCUGUGAAGAUGUUUCAUGAUUUUUUAAGAUUGUGUCAUUUCUGCCAAGUUUUCUAAAGUUAUCAGCCAAAGUUCUUCAGAGCAUUUAUUCUGUCAUCAAGUCCCACAGGCUGCAUGUGGACCACAGAAACCCCAAACCAGGAGAGACAGUGAGAGACCAGCAUCAGCCUGAGCUCAGCCUGAGGCAGUCUGCAGCUUCUUCACUGCUCAGGGUUCAGUCCACAGAGGACAAACACUUCUUUACCUGCUCAUGACUGAUGAUGCUGUCUCACCUGUACAUUUCAUUCAGGGAACCUGAGGAUCCAGUAUUAAUGGAAUCAUACUGAACCUGCUUUCACCAUAUGUUACUGAGUGUUACUGCCAGUUAGUUAACCAUGCUGUUGAUCAUAUUCCCUCUUUAUUACAGCCUCUGCAUAUAUGCCAUGUUGCUGACAGCAGCUUAAUAAACCAUUGUUGCUUGGA